UCCAAGAACCAUAUAUUCAUAUUUGUAAUUUAGCAUACAUGUCUUAUAUAUCUAGAUAUUUAUGACCAUAUAUACAGGCAAAGCAUUAUCAAGUGGAAAUCAACACUACUUUUUCACCGAAGAGAAGGAAAAUAGAAGCACUGAAAAUGGAUAUUGGAAGGAAAUCGGUGUCACAAAACCUAUAAAUAAAAUGGGAAUAAAGAAGUAUCUUGUGUUCAACCUUGACGAAGGAAGUGAAACCAGUUGGGUAAUGGAAGAGUAUCAUAUUUCUGAAUCUGAAUCUUGGGAAAGACUAAAUCCUAUGAGAGUUGGAGCAAAUGGGUUUUAUGCAAAGUUUAUGAAAAGCAGAUGUCACAACAAGGUGCAAGCUGUUGUUAUAGCGAUGAUGAUAAUGAAUCAGAGGUGUCAUGGUUAGACCAAGUUUUUAUGUCGUUAGAUGAUGAUGAUAUUGAUCAAACAAGCCUCCAUAAUUAAUUAAUUAAUUGGUUUCAAUAUAUUGUAUAUAUAUUACUUAAUCUUGAUAUUAAAGGUUAAAUA